UUUGAUUGGUAUUUUAGAACAUAGAAUAUGAAAAUCACUUAUUGAUCUAUUCUGUGGAUUGUUUGUGAUAAAUUUUUAUAACUUAUCGAAUAUAUCGAAUAUAUUUUUUAAAUAGAUACUUUUGUGGUAAAAAGACUUAUUAAAAAAAAAUAUGAAUAUUUAAAUAUAUUAAUCUUUGUAAUAUAUUUUGAAAUAUAAAUUAUUUUAAUCAAAUUACAUGUUUUGGUGCAUUAAUUACAUGCACAUCGAAUUGAUCAAACAAAAAAAUAUAUAUUUAUUUAAUAUAAUAAUAUAAUAAAUUAAUAAAUUAAAUAAUAUUGAAUUAGUAAAUGAAAUUAUAUUUUAAUAAUGCUUACAAUACAAUUUGGCCAAUGUGGAAAUCAAUUAGGACAUACAUUAUUCUCAGAAAUAUCAACUGAUAUGGAUUGUGUAAAUACAGGUGUAACAUGUAAAACUAAUUAUCAAUAUGUAGAAGAUACAUUUAAUAGAUGGUUUAGUGGUAUAUCUAAAAGUAAUGACCGUUUAGCAAGAGCAAUUCUUAUAGAUACAGAACAAAAAGUCAUAAAUAAAAUUUAUAAUAAUAAAAGUAAUUUAUGGACAUAUUCAACGAAAAAUGUAAUUUGUCAAGCUGGAGGAGGUUGUGCAAAUAAUUGGGCAUUUGGUUAUUUAAUAAAAGGUUAUGAAUUAAGUGAUGUAAUAUUAAAUUGUAUAAGACAAGAAAUAGAAAAAUUAGAUCAUUUUGAUGGAUUUCUUUUACUAUUAAGUUCUGCAGGUGGAACAGGAUCUGGUAUUGGAAGUUAUAUUACAAAAUUAUUACGUGAAGAAUAUAAUAAAAAAGCAAUUCUUAAUACAACAAUAUUACCAUUUUCAUUUGGAGAAGUAUGUACACAAAAUUAUAAUACAUUAUUAACUUUAGCAAAACUUUAUAAUGAAAGUGAUAUAAAUAUUUUAUUUGAAAAUGAACAAAUAUAUAAUAUAUGUACUAGUUUAUUAAAAAAAUCAUCUAUAAAUCUACAAGAUAUGAAUAAAGUUAUUUCAGAAAAAUUAUUAGCUACAUUUCAACCAGUAAAUUAUGAAAAAUAUAAUAUAAAUUCAUUAUUAUCUCAAAUAGCAUGUCAUCCUUCAUAUAAAAUAGCAAUAAUAAAAAGUACUCCACAUAUACCAGUAACAUCUACAAGCUACGAGCCAAUAUAUAAUUGGAAUUCAUAUAUCCAUCAUUUAAAGCAAACACUUAGAAUACCAAAUUUAAAUUCACAAUUAACUAAUGUUGAAUUAAAAAUGCCAUCUAAUUUAUUAAGCAAUAGUAUACAUCAUACAUAUGCUACUUCAGUAUCAAAUGUUUUAAUAACACGUGGAACAAUGUUAGAACAAGAUCUUAUAAUGAAAAAUAUACUUAAAGAAAAACAUUUAUAUGCAAACUGGAAUACAAUUGAUUGGUUUACUCAUUUACAUCAAAAUCGAAAAUUUUUAAAUCAUGAUAAAUUUCUUGCUUUAAUAACCAAUAAUUCUCAAAUUUCUUAUUCUUUAGAUAUAUUUUUAAAUAAAACUUGGAAAUCUUAUGUUCAUUCUGCAUUUUUACAUCAAUAUAAACAAUUCGGUUUAGAAGAGGAUGAUUUUCUACAAGCAUUUUCAGUACUUGAAAAUGUUGUAAAAGAAUAUAAAGAAUUAGUCUCUCAUACAGAUUAAUAAUAAAUUAUAAUUGAAUUAAAUUUUUCAUUUUCUAAGUAUAUAAUAAAAAUAAUAGUUUUAUGAUUUUUUAAAAUAAUCAAAAAAUAGUUAAGUUAGUUAAAAUAAUAAAUUCAAAUAUUGCAUACUUGAAAGUUAAAGGUAUAAAUGAAAGAAUAACUAUAACAUAAGAAAAUCGAUCAAUUUAUGAUAUAUAAUAUAUAUAUAUAUAUAUAUAUAUAAUAUAUAUAUAUAUAUAUAUAUAUGCAGUGAUAAAGAAAAAUACAAUAAGAAAAAAAUUUAAUACAGAAAAAAUAAGAUAGAAAAUGAUUUUUAAUUUAAUCUACAGAAAUAAUAAAAUAGAACAGAAUAAUAAAAUAGAAUGAAUCUAUGGUGGUAAUAUGUAUUCCUUCUCUAAUAUGAAAAAAUAUAUUAUGCAAAAAGACAGUCAAAUUCGACGAAUAUAAUGCAGAACGAAAAAGUCAUUUUUAAAAAAAUACUUCCAAAAAUUAAUCAUCUUCUGUCUUCUUUUUUUUUACAUUCAAGAAAAAUCGAAAAAUUGAAUUUCUUCGGGAUACUUUUAAAUAUAAUAAUAUAUAAUAUUAUUUUUGAAAUUAUAAUUAAAUAAUAAUACUAAUGAAAUUAUAAUUAUUAAUUAUAUUAAAUAAAAUUAUAUUAAAUAAUUAAUGUAUUACAUUUUCAUUGUUUAACAUGAUUUUUGAAAUAAUAAAUAAAUAAAAAUAAAAUUACAAAAAUAAAAGAUAUUUAUAUAUAAUAUAUAUAAAUUUAUUAAAUAUAUUAUUAAAUAUAUAUAUAAAUCUAUUUACAUAUAUCAUAUAAACAAAUUGAAAUAUUUUUUAUAUCAAUAUAAGAUAAAAUUUUUAAAAAAAUAAAAUGUUUUAUUAUGGCUAAAA